GCCGAAGGGCGGCGCUCCACUCUGAGCGCUCGGCUGUCUGAAACCACAGAAGAAGAAAAAGAAGACGAAGGAAGGCGCUGAAGAUGUCUGCUCCGAAAAACAUCCCUAAAGACGCUCAGGUGAUGAUCCAGAUCCUGAAGGACAUGGGGAUCACCGAGUACGAACCCAGAGUCAUAAACCAGAUGUUGGAGUUCACCUACAGAUAUGUGACGACCAUCAUCGAGGACGCUAAGAUCUAUGCCACUCACGCCAAGAAGUCCACGGUGGACGCUGAUGACAUCAAGCUGGCGAUCCAGUGCCGCAUGGACCAGUCCUUCACCUCGCCGCCGCCAAGAGACUUCCUGUUGGAGGUGGCGCGGCAGAAGAACCAGACCCCUCUCCCACUGAUCAAACCGUACACCGGACCCCGACUCCCCCCCGACAGAUACUGCCUCACAGCGCCUAACUACAGACUGAAGACCGUGCAGAAGAAGGUGACGUCCUCUGCAGGGAGGAUCUCGGUUCCUCGCCUCAGCAUCGGCGCCGUCUCCAGCCGGCCGAGUACGCCGACCCUGGGAACCCCCUCGGUGCAGACUGUCUCGAAGGUGGGGACCCCCGUCUCUCUGUCGGGUCAGAGGUUCACCGUGCAGAUCCCCCCCUCUCAGACCACCACCAUCAAAACCACCACGCCGUCCUCUCCCGCCGUCUCCAACGUCCUGAUCAACCCGUCGCUGAUCGGCUCCAAAAACAUCCUGAUCAGCACCAGCAUGGCGGGCGGGGGGGGUGACUCGCUGAAGAGGAAACACGAAGACGAAGACGACUACGACGCUCUAUGACCUCUGAACCCGAACCCUUUUUGUAUUAAACCUGCUUUGUAAUAACCCUCUCAACACUGUCCUCUCUCCAGGAAUAACUCGGUUUCUUUUCCACUGAUUUAUUAAACUGUUAAAGAAAAGACCGCCUCGGUUUUCAUUUGUUCCAGUUCACAAACAUCAGGUCUUUUUUUUUACUCCCUCGUCCCAUUGAAUGGCCCCGCCGAGCUAGAACCAGAACUUUGGAGGACCAGUAUUCAGAAAAUGUGAAGCCAAAGAAUGAGGAUUUAAAUGGAGAAAAGGUCAUCAGCUGUCUG